AUGGCGGCGGCGAAGCUUGCCGUGGCACCGAGCUCGCCUACGAAGCGCCUCCGCGCCUGCAUGCCGCCUGUGGCAGCGACCUCCACCACGCAUGUCACACUGCGCCUUAGCAGCAACCUUCAGCACAAGCCUGCAGCGACGACGGUGGCCGUACCCACUGCCGCGUUAGCGCCCGUAGACGGCCGCUCCGACGUCCACGCGGCGGCGUGCUCGUGGCAGGAGGUGCACGGCGCCGACGACUGGCGAGGGCUGGUGGAGCCUCUCCACCCGCUGCUCCGCGCCGAGCUCGUCCGGUACGGGGAGCUCGUCGCCGCCUGCUACCGCGCGUUCGAUCUUGACCCGAGGUCGAAGCGAUACCUCAACUGCAAGCACGGCAAGAAACAGAUCCUGCGCGCGGUCGGCAUGGCCGAUGCCGGGUACGAGGUCACAAGGUACAUCUACGCGGCCCCGGACGUGACCCUGCCAAUGGGGAUCUCCCGCCCCUGCAGCAAGAGCCGGUGGAUCGGCUACGUGGCCGUCGCGUCGGACAAGGAGGCCAGGCGGCUUGGCCGGCGCGACAUCCUCGUCUCCUUCCGCGGCACCGUGACAUGCUCGGAAUGGCUGGCUAAUUUCAUGAGCGCGCUGGCUCCGGCGCGGUUUGACCCGGCCGAUCCGCGCCCCAACGUGAGGGUCGAGUCGGGCUUCCUCUCCCUCUACACAUCCGACAACGACGCCGGGAAAUUCACCUCGGGAAGCUGCCGCAACCAGCUCCUCUCCGAGAUAUCGCGCCUCAUCGCCGAUCACAAGCACGAGGACAUCAGCAUAACCCUCGCCGGCCACAGCAUGGGGAGCUCCCUCGCACUCCUACUCGGCUACGACCUCGCCGAACUCGGCAUGAACCGUGGCGGCCACGGCGGUGCAAUAAUCCCCAUCACCGUCUUCUCCUUCGGCGGCCCGCGCGUGGGCAACCUUGAGUUCAAGCACCGUUGCGACGAGCUCGGCGUCAAGGUGCUACGGGUGGCGAACGCGAACGACCCGGUGACCAAGAUGCCCGGUAUCCUCUUCAACGAGGCUGCUAGGGUUCUGGGAGGACGAUACGAGAUGCCAUGGAGCAAGGCCUGCUACGCGCACGUCGGCGUCGAGGUCGCCCUCGACUUCUUCAAGGCUGGCGACGUAGCUUGCGUACACGAUCUGGAGGUAUAUAUCAACCAGCUCCUAAAUUUCCCUAAGGACGCCGCCGUCGCCACUGCUUCCCCGGCGAAAAGGGGAGAAGAUGAGAUGAUGAGUGGUAUGCUUGAAUCUGUGUUUGAGUCGUGGAGAUGGAAAAUUGCGGUGAUUCGUACCGGCGAGUGGCUGCGCAUGCUGGGAAUUUGA